AUGCCUCUGAGGGUUAUUGUUAUCGGCGCAGGCGUUGCUGGCUUGACGGCGGCGGUCUCCUUGUGCCGCGCCGGACAUGAGGUGAAGAUCUUCGAGCGGUCGGCCUUCGCGGGCGAGGUGGGAGCGGCGCUCAAUCUAGCACCCAAUGGCACAAAAGUACUGCGAGAACUGGGAUUUGACGAGGAACGAGCACGCUGCGUGCAGAUGUUGAACUGGGACACAGUCAAUGGCGUCACGCUGGACCGCAUCGCAUGCCAGGAUGUCAGCCAAGCCAGUGAACGCUUCGGCGCGCCCUAUGUUGCGGUACAUCGGGUGGACUUGCAUGAAGAGCUGAUGAGGCUGGCGGCCGUCAACCAGCCUGGCGGAGUGCAUCUUCACUUAUCCUCACCCGUCGUGCGCAUCUAUCAGGAAGAGGGACUAGUCGAGUUUGAGGAUGGUUCGGUGGAACAGGCGGAUUUGAUUGUUGGGGCGGACGGGCUGCAUUCCAUCACCCGUGCAGCGGUCGUUUCCACGACAGCCCAAUCGACUGGACUGAGUGCUUUCCGCUUCCUGGUCCCCACAGAGGUCCUCGAAAAUGACCGUGCUGGCCAGGAGCUAUUGGACUGGAAAUCGCCCGGAGCCACCAUGUUGGCCGAUCCAGGCUCUUUCACCGUCGACCAAGAGCGGCACCUAAUGUGGUAUCCAUGUCGCAGGCAAGAAUCCCCCAACUUCGUUGGAAUUCAUCCCACGGUAGCCGGACCACAGCCAGAAACACCUGAAGAGUUCAAGCUUCAAAUGUUGCGUGAAUUCGGCAAUUUUCACCCUCGAGUGGUAGAAAUCCUCAAACUUGGGGAAGUCGUGAAAUGUUGGCCCUUAUUUCAGAUUGAUCCACUCCCCACGUGGACGAGCGGAAAACUCGUGCUCAUCGGCGAUGCUGCUCAUCCGAUGCUUCCCUUUGGUGGCCAGGGAUCCAACCAGGCCAUCGAGGAUGGAGGGGCAAUCGGUUUUCUACUCGUCAAUGUCGACGAUGAAACGCAGCUGCCCCAGCGUCUUCAACUAUUUGACCAGCUCCGGCGGCGGCGGGCAUCUCGGGUACAAAUUCUCUCCUCCGUACGCGCUAACCGGGAGAGUGUAGUUGAAGACAAAAUCAAACCGUUCAUGGAGGAUGGAGUGAUAUGUGAGAUUCCAGAGUCGGUAAAAUUUCAUUCCCGGCUAAUUCAAGUAGUUCCGAACUCCUUCCCUGCCAGGGUUUCUCAUGAUGCU